AAACACCCACCAGGGACGAAGCAGAGGGGAUCCAUCUCUUUCUGAGAUGGACGUGCCAGUGACUGGAAAUUUGUUUUGCUCUGAGCGACUGAUCUGUCAUGAGCUGCUGGCUUGGCUCAAUGAAACUUUACAGACGGGCUUCACCAAGGUGGAGCAGGUAUGCACAGGUGCAGCCUUUUGCCAGUUGAUGAACUGGUUGUCUCCCAAGUUCUUGGACCUCUCCAGGGUCGAGUUCCAAAGCGACAACGCAAUGGACGCUAUCACCAACUACAGUUUACUGCAGGCUGCAUUCAGAAAAGUUGGAGUUAUGCGACGCAUCCCCACCGGGGGGCUCAUAAAGAAGGACUCCGAAGUUGCUCUGGCCUUCCUGCGCUGGUUUAAGGCAUUCUUUGACAAGAACGUCAACCGGAACAUCGUGUACCAUCCUUUGGAGGCCAGAGGUGGACAG